CAGCAGGUGAAUUCAAGAGAAAAGUAUCUGAAUUACGAGCGAGAAUAUUAGCAAAGACAAAAAGUAAUGGCUUUUGUUUGAAGAGGGGGGGUAACAUACGGGUUUGUUAAAGUAAGUUUUUUGGAUAAGCCGGUCACAAUGACGGCACACCGGGCAAUGUUUUUGUGUGACCAUGAUGAAUUGAAAUUCAAAACUGGCGCAGGUUAUCAUAUAAGUCAUCUUUGUCAUAAUCCUCUGUGCGUGAAAGUCGAGCACUUGACAAUAGAAAGAGGAAGGGUCAAUCAAAGUAGAAAAAGGUGCAAUGCCAAGAAAGUCUGUGCAGGCCAUGGCAACCGCCCUAAAUGCAUUUUUCCUGGUAAGCUAUAUGUUGAAGUUGAAAGAAAAUAUCAUUAUAUUGAAUUGACAUUUGAAAGUUUUCUUACCGCGAUGGCAACCUCUUGGAUGUCUUGGUGGCUGGUUGGAUCUUGAAGGAUCGCCGAAAGUAGGAGUGGUCGUAGUUUCUGCUGUUUGGGUCGAGACAUUUCCACUCUGGUACAGGCGGUCUGUCUCGUCGUGCAACAGCCUUCUUGACAGCCUUCCUUCGCAAGUCCGGCAUUGUUAUCAUCACAUGUUUCUUGUAGUCACCACCCCUGGUUUUGUUUUUCUUUUUCGUGAAGUAAUCUGUUGCCCUGAUGUUUUUCAAAACACCAGCUAACUUCUGGUGUCUAGCACUCCGUUGGUACCUGACUGUGUACUGCCUGUUCAUUGCAAUUCUGUCCAGCGCUUUCAUUGGGCGGCAACAAGUAUCGACUUCGAUGUUGAACCACUUUAGUUUCCGUCGCCCGCUCUCGGCUAUGUUAUGGUUCAUUCUGUGGGCUGCUGAAUGGAUACGAGGGGUUGAGUUCCUGCUCCUGGUCACAAUCUUAGGAUCGCUGGCCGACAGACCUCGAUUCUUGGACUCAACCCCCUGGGUUGUCACGCCAAGACUCAGCUGUCGCAACGCUCCUUUACUAAGGCAUACCUCCAAAACGAGAUGUACCAAGUUCUUGUCAAUCACUGUCAUUUUAAACUUGGGAAUCUCACCGUAAGAUGACCAUCGUGUUGAUUUGUGCCACCAAGAACCAGUUGUGCCUGAGCACAGUGAGAAUUCGUUCUGUGGACAACCAGUGCAGUCACCACCAUAACAGUUCACAACACAGGCAACAGUGUCAUACAGGUAUCCCAUGAUCCUGUCGAGAUCACCGUUGCAGCGCUUGAAUAGAGAUUGCAAAAUCUUGGAUGACCUUACCCUAAGAUCAUUCAGAAACGUUGUUUUUAACAGUGUUCUCUCCUCAGCAGUACGUCCCGGGAACAUACCUUUACUGAAUUCAGCUCUAUGUCCUGCACGCGUCUGGGCUUGAUGCAAAUGUAUAGAGUCAAGUUGAUGCUUCACCGUGAACAAGCCGCCGAAGAGCUUUUUUGUUGCAUCAGUUAACCCUUUGAAUGAACUGGAAUCACCAUCUGUAGUCAAAUGUUCUACAUGUAGGCCCUGUUUCUCAAAAGUCUCGGCAAAUGCAACCCCAAGAUCAUAUUCUCUGAAUGCAUCUGCUUCAGGAAAGUUAGCCGUGCACUUCGAGUGUCGUUCGUCAACGUUUGUGCCAGUGGCACCACAUUUAACUUCAAAACCUUUCGCCCGCAUUGCAGCCCCUAUCCAGCAGAGUUUUGUUUUAACCUCAAUGUCAAUGAUUUUGUGUUCAUCUGUCACAUUUUCAACACAUAAUCCAGUCAUUGUGCUCGCACAACGGCCCAUCUUGUUCCUCGAAGUGAGGUGUAAACUAUUAUAGCGUCCAUCAGCUUGGACAUUGAUUCCUGUGUCGUCCUGAUUUCUUAGGCGCAGUAUCCUUUUCAAGUUCUCGCGUAUGUCUGCCAUAUCGGCCACAUUCAUUUUAACUGUUUCAUCACCAACCUUAUUUGCCUGCUUUUGCAUGAUACUCCUACAGGGGGGCGGGAUUCCCAUCAUGCUCAGUAUGUAACUCAUACUCUCGUUGCCAAUCAUUGUGUCCUGCAACGCAAUCUGUAAUGCAACAUUUGGAAGAGCGGCUUUUCGUCCGCGCUUGCCAGUGUCUAUGUCCUCAAAAAGUUUAUACAAUUUCGAAUAAAAACCACAGUUUUUACACACCACAGUGACUGAACAACACACCCCCUGCUUACGUACCUCUCCAUAUUUGAAUAUCGGCUGACAGUUCACGUGAUAUUCGCUAUGGGCCCUGUUAACGUCGUUGAGCACAUCCAUCAGUUUGGUUGUCUGAACAACGAAACUCUCGUGAUCAUGCUCCAUGGUCUCAUCUGGUAUCUCCAUCUCAUCAUCAGUGUCUUCUUUCAUGUUCAGCCGUAGUAAGUUGACAUUCUUGGCAGUACGGUUAUUAAUAUCCGGUAUGUGUCUUUUGCCGUCGUGUCCCAUCGUUGUGACCUGUCCGUACUCCUGGGGCGUGAGUCGUCUCCAUGCGGGUUGUAGGCCUACUUCUCGUUCGUCGUCGCUCACCACCUCGACACCUCCACUCCGCACGUGUCCGCUCUUGAACAUUGUUCUCAUUGCUGCAUUCGAUGCCCUAGGGCACCUCGGACCCCGUUUUCCUAUCAAUCUCCUCGCCUUUGUCCUCAUCUUGUCUUGUCUUUUCGUAACUUGUCUCUCUUUGCUUAAAAUCGUACUCCUAGGAGAUGUCUAUUUCGGGAUGCUUCCUUCAACAGACUGAAAAUACACAAGAAAGGACAAGAGAUUACAAAAGGGUGGAUGUUGAUAGGACAAUAGCAAUGACAAUGGUUGCUGUUGUGGAAGUGUCAGACUUGGAUGUGACAGACAAGGAGAUAACAUAUGGGUUAAUCUUUUUCUCAUUUCACACCUUACUAACAAGCUUUCCAUGCUUAUAAUGCAUCAUAUAUUUGUUGUUUUUCAAAUUUCAGACAAAGUUAAUAUUGUUCGAUUUGAAAUUUUGACAUUUUCAGCAUGAUACCACUGUCACAACCUUGGAACAUCCUUUAAAAAGACAACUUUUUUCCAAAAAAUUGAAAUUUUUGAAUAUUUGUCAUGAAUUAAAAUUGUUUCAAAUUCCUAUUUCAGAUUGACUGUAGACCACUGGUGAUUUGUCGAAGAUUCGGUACCAUUCGAUUAAGAAUUCUACGAGUUAAUGAGCUUAACUUGAAGACAGUCUGUAAACAAUUUGAAGACGAAAUAUAAGUUUCACUACCUGACGCAUUCUUUGAUGGCGGGCAUUUUAAAUAACUGGAAAUGGCUUGGAAAAUCAAUUGUGGUCUUGUCUCUCCUCGAAUAUUGCCAGGUGUUUAAACGAACGUUGUGCCAUAAAUCUUGGUGGUAUCACUUCAAAUGAGGAGUUUGCUGGACUGAUAGAAGACUAUUUUGGGGAUGAGGAUCCAGGAAGUGACUUUGAAUCGGAGGAGAAUGUGUUAUAAGCAGAGUCCGUAGUGGUCGAAGAUGAUGGUGAUGAACCCCUUGUUGUCGUGGAACCCCAGGCAGAAAGCAUAGCAAAAGUACGUCGUGAUUUUGCAACACGUGGAGGUCAAGACUUCCAUUCAUCUGCUGGUAAUUGUGACGCCAAACUGCAUGCUCCCUUCUCGUGUAAAUGCAAGUUUUCCGCCGGAGAACCAUGCUCCCGGUCCUUCGACACCGAUGAACUUUCAUUGCUACGGAUGCAACAUCUUGAGCUUGAUAACAAAGAACUUGACUUUAUUCUGCUGGGCCAAAUCCGAAGUAACCUUCAUCGUUCCGAUGAAACAGUCAAAUCGAAAAAGAAGGAGCAGAAAGCGCGUGUGUUGUACAGAUUGGACUACUUCUACGAGCAUCGCAAGAUCUGCAAGGAGACAUUCAUGUUCAUUCAUGGGAUAAACAAAGACAGACUUUCUAAUGUGAUGCACCAUUAUGUGAACAAUGGUGUGGUUGAACGCAUCCACAAGAACAAGGGAAAACAAGUGAAGCAUGCAUUGACUGUCCCAUAUAUUGAACGUGUAGUAACAUUCAUAAACAAUUUUGCCGAAGAAAAUGCAGUACUCUUGCCGGGUCGAAUCCCGGGUUACAAGAGGGAUGAUCUCAGACUUUUACCUUCAUCGGUCAGCAAGGCGGGCGUGUACCGUCUUUAUUCAAGAUCCGUUGUCGCACAGGGAGAUAAGGCUGUGGGUGACAAGACAUUCUAUCGGCUGUGGAAAGAAUACGUUCCAUACAUUCUUCCAAUGAAGCCGCUGACUGAUCUUUGUUGGACGUGCCAGCAGAACAGCAAGCUGCUGUUGAAGUCUGUCAAUCGGACAACUACAGAAAAGUCUGACGCCCUAAAAACAGCAGAGCAACAUCUCUUGGAUGCCACUACAGAAAGAAGCCUGUACAAUGCCAAGGUGAAAGACUGCAAAGAUGCCCUUGACCAGCACAGCAUCACUGACCUGAACCGUCCUGGGAACAACAUACCAGAUUCAUCAGUUGAGGCUGAGGUUCAUUACAGCUUUGACUUCGCCCAGCAGAUCCAUUAUCCACACGACCCGAUGCAGCCAGGACCCAUUUUCUUCAAGACGCCGAGAAAAUGUGGUGUAUUUGGGAUGAUGACAGAAGGCAUACCCAAGAUGGUGAUCUUCUUGCUGGAUGAAGCCACCAACGUCGGCAAGGGUGCGAACUGUGUAAUCUCUCUGUUGGAUUUCUUCUUUGACAAUUACGGUUUGAAGGAAACAGUGGCCCAUCUUCAUGCAGACAACUGUUCUGGUCAAAACAAAAACAAUGCGAUGGUGCAGUACCUGUCUUGGCGAGUGCUGACUGGCCGACACUCUGGGGUCAAGUUGUCGUUUAUGUUGGCAGGGCACACCAAGUUUGCCCCAGAUUCUAUGUUUGGUCUGUUCAAACGAAAGUUUCGAUCAACGAAGGUGGACUGCCUGGCUGACAUAGAACAAGUUGCCGUUGAUGCUUCCCCACGCGAAGUUCUCCUCACACAGCUCUGUGGCAAUGAAGCUGGAGAUGUCAUUGUCCCUGUCAGGCAAUGGGACACUUACCUGAGCCAGUUCUAUCGAAAGCUGCCAGAGAUCAAGCCGCUCCACCACAUCGAGUUCCUCCAGGAUGGCUCUGUCAAUCGCUACAUGAGUGAAUCUAACACUGUCAGUCAGAACAUUCUCAAAUGUGAUCGUGCUGAUGUUGGGCAGGGGAAACCUGAGGUCAUUGUUCCGAAAGGUUUAAAUGAGCAACGUGUUGCGUACCUGUACAACGAUAUCCGAGAGUUUGUGUCGGACGAGUGCAAGGAUCUCGUGUGCCCAAAACCAGCUGCUGCAAUGGAUGUUGAUCAACAACGUGAUGGUCCUCCUGAGGAUGUACUUCCAGUUCCGGUGCCACAAGUCGCUACUCCAACUCCUGGUCGAGGCCGAGCUGCUCCAAAUCGUGGACGGGGUCGUCCUAAGAAGACACCAAGAGGCCGUGCUGCAAAGAGGCCUAGGACAGAAUAGACUGUUUCCGCUAUUUGUAGACUUUAGGCGUGGCUUACACUGUUGCCAUGGUAAUCAUUGAAAUUGACACUGGUACUAUCUUCUCUUGAAUUCUAGGCCACAUCUUUUAUCAGAAAUGGAAGUUAUAAGCCUGUAUUGUGUACUGUUAGAUUGAAAAAUUGUGAUCGCCUUUACAUGUAGGCGUGGCGUGGUGUACACUGUUGCUAUGGUAACCAUUGAAAUUGACAGUACUAAAAUUAUCACCUCUUAAUGCUGAGCCACAUGGUUUUAAUCUUUAUCAGAAAUGGAAGUUAUACUAUAGUAAGCCUGUAUUGUGUACAUCCUGUAUGAUAGAAGAAUUUUGAUAGAGUUUAGGCCAGGCGUACACUGUUGCCAUGGUAACCAUUGAAUUGACACUAUAGCCCUGACUAUAGUAGCAUAUCUUGUAUACUUAACCAUUA